AUGCUGGCCAAUGCCGCUGAGUUCAGACUCGCUAGUAUGGGCUGCUGGAGCGCCGCUGUCACGACGGAGGUGUUGCUACCGGCUACCAGAUUGGCGUGGUACACGGUCGCGGUCGGCGCAUCCUCCGAACCACCAGUAGCCAGUAGUUGGGCCCCGAUCGGCGCUGACGGCCCCUGGAGCCCCAGUGACGAAGCCACUUUGACGGCUUCGAGCUUCUCCGGCGGACGCAAAACUGCUCUUCCUCGUUUGCCGCCUCCGCCGCCGCCGCCUCCGCCUCCGUUGCCGGUCGCACUCGGGGAACACGUUUUAGGCGGCGGUUCCGUCGUGACCGGUGGCAGGGUGCACCAAGGUCCGUACCUGUUACCAUACCGCAACUACCCGCUUCCGCGUAGCGCUUCGUCCCGGUGGGCACCUCCACCACCAUCGCCGCCGUCGCCACCGCCGCCGCCACCACCAUCGGCUAGAACGCAUCGCGCGGAGGCCCUGUUUGCACAGGCCGGGCCAUAA